UUCUAAAUCUUCCAUUAUUUUUUGCAGGCGAAUUGGUUCAAAGCGUCACAAUAUUGCCGCUACCACGGCAUGCAUUUAGCAAGUAUUGCAUCACAAGAAGAGAAUGACAGACUGGAAAAACACAUACGCGACUUUGCAGGUUUGGGUCACGAACACUUCUGGACAUCUGGCACUGACUUGGCCGAUGAGGGCAACUACUUUUGGAUGGCCAAUGGUCGGCCCAUUACAUUUACGAAUUGGAAUGCUGGCGAACCGAAUAAUUUCCGUUAUGAGAAUGGUGAAGAGGAGAAUUGCAUGGAGUUAUGGAAUCGUGAUGGCAAGGGUCUGAAGUGGAAUGAUUCGCCGUGUAGUUUUGAAACGUAUUUCGUGUGCGAAGUGCAGGCAAUUUAAUGAACACAGGGCGUUGAUUGACUGAAGCACAAACCAAUCAUGUUAUAAAUAAACAAGAACAACAACAAAAACAAUAACAAACGACAAUUGCAAAGUUGUCAAAUGUCUGCAGUGGAGCUAAGCAUAAUAACUUAAGGAAAUAGCGUACUUUUUUUGUGUGUGCGUGUGGGUGGUGUGUGGGGCACCGCAAAUGCGCACGCAUAAGCACUAUAUUGCAAAAUUUACAUAAUUUCUUAAGCAACGGCACUCUUGGUGAUUGUGGUGAUUAGGGGCACGUGUGGCAAGCACAAGCGGCUCAAAUAUUUGCGCUUAAUGGCAUGGUGAAAAAACAAACAA